UCAGUAAAUACCACGACUGGAACGAGGAGCUACGCCGCAACAGCUUACUACGAUGCUCAGGCUCGGAACCGCAAGAACCUCGUCAUUCUUUCGGAGGCCUUAGCUACCAAGAUUGUAUGGGAUGUCGACACAAAUAGUUCGACUCCCAAGGCAAUAGGAGUGCAGUAUAUUGCUGAUAACAUCACAUAUACCGUGGCCGUAACCAGAGAAGUCAUCGUCUCGGCGGGCGCCAUCAAGUCUCCUCAACUCCUUGAGCUAUCCGGCAUUGGAAAUAGCACCCUGCUCAAGGGACUGGGCAUCCCUGUCACUCAUGAUCUCCCAACCGUCGGAGAAAACAUGCAGGAUCAUGCCAUA